CGCAGUAGAUUCAACUUGGAGGAGACGCUGUGCACCAUGAGGCUGAGAGAGAACAUAAACAAACCUGAGAAGGCUGACGUCUACAAUCCUCGCGGAGGGCGGUUCACCACGCUCAACAGCUUCAGUCUUCCUAUUCUCAGCUUCAUUGGACUCAGCGCUACGAGGGCUGUUCUCUACAGGGAGGCCAUUCUGGCGCCACAUUACCACAUGAACUGCCACGGUGUGAUCUACGUCACCCGGGGCAGCGGCAGGAUCCAGAUUGUCGAUGACUCAGCGAAUACAGUCUUCGACGGGCAGCUCCAGGAGGGCCAGCUCCUGGUGGUGCCCCAGAACUUUGCGGUGGUGAAGAAGGUGGGCUCAGAGGGGUUUGAGUACGUCUCCUUCCGGACCAACGAUAACGCGAUGGUUAGCUCGCUGGCAGGGCGGCUAUCGGUGAUCCGGAGCCUACCGGAGCAGGUGGUGAUGAACUCAUAUGACGUCUCGAGGGAGGAGGCCCGGAGGUUAAAGUACUCGAGAGAGGAGUUUGCGGUGUUGAGCCCGGGGUCUAGGUCAUCACAAAGAGGGAUGGAGGAUUGA